AUGCCUGCCCACCCCAACCCGACUCGACGCGAGCGAUUCAAUCAACCUACCAAUCCCUUGGAUAUCACCCGAGACCACACGAUACGACCCGAUCCCUCCCCUACCAGCGGGCACAUCUCCUCGGCCGCCAUCGAGCGGGUCCACUCUCCCGCACCGAGAAUGCGAUAUAUCACCCCCACCGUGCGGCCUCGUUCGCGACGCCAUCCAUCUAACUAUCCGUCCAUCCAAUGCACACCCUCUCGCGACUCGUCGCGCAAUUCAACACUCGCGCAAUAUCCAUACGAAACGACUGCAGCGGCGCAUCAUGAUGCCCCAUACCGCACCCCUACGAGAGACACGCCAUCGCACAGCGAGUGCCACACUACCAUCGUCGUCGUCAUCAUAUCAUCAGCCCGAGCGAUUUGCGACAUCUCGAUCGACUGGGGGGAUGGAUGGAUACGACAGGAUAGUUAUCGGCGACAUGUGAAGCCAAUCAAGAAGCAGAAGGAGAGGAUAUGA